AUGGCGCCAAAAGGAGAGAAGAAGCCCGCCGAGAAAAAACCCGCAGAAGAGAAGAAAUCCACGGUAGCCGAGAAGGCUCCGGCGGAAAAGAAACCAAAGGCCGGAAAGAAGCUACCUAAGGAAAGCGGUGCUGCCGCUGGAGACAAGAAGAAGAAGAGAAACAAGAAGAGUAUUGAGACGUACAAGAUCUACAUCUUCAAAGUUCUGAAGCAAGUUCACCCUGACAUUGGUAUCUCAAGCAAGGCCAUGGGAAUCAUGAACAGCUUCAUCAACGAUAUUUUCGAGAAGCUAGCUGCGGAGUCUUCUAGACUUGCGAGGUAUAACAAGAAGCCGACGAUUACUUCAAGGGAAAUUCAGACCGCGGUCAGGCUUGUGCUGCCCGGAGAAUUGGCUAAGCAUGCGGUUUCUGAGGGUACUAAAGCAGUAACUAAGUUCACUAGUUCUUAG